AUUGGGAGUGGAGCAAGCUGCAGUCAGCUGGGGAGCGCAGUGAGAAAGAGGCAGCCCAGGCAGUUGACAGCGUGUGUGAGAAAGGGAGCGGGUGAGUGUGUGUGAGUGUGUGUGCGCGCGCCACACAGAGAGAAAGAGGACAGGACAGGAAAGGAUAGGGACUUGUAUGAAUACAAUACUACAACACCGCAUCAGGAACAAAUACCAGAAGCACAGACACACUCACAUACACACAUACAUACACACACCAGCGCACAACGGUUGAGAUCUUCAGCAUUCACCCUCCUCUGGUCUGCUGGUGUGGAUUCAUACUGAAGGCAAAAGGGGCAGAUCUUCUGACAUCGGCUCAACAGACCCUACCAGAAAAGCCUGUGGAGACGGAGAGCGAGUAAAACUGCAGAAGAGAACAUUCUUUGUGCGCAAGGUCUGAAAUCUAGCUCCAUGGCAACCAACAACACAGCCAGCAUUGCCCAGGCCCGUAAGUUGGUGGAGCAGCUGAAGAUGGAGGCCAACAUCGACAGGAUAAAGGUGUCUAAGGCAGCAGCUGACCUGAUGUCGUACUGUGAGGCCCACGCUAAAGAGGACCCGCUCCUUUCGCCCAUGCCCGCCUCAGAGAACCCCUUCAGGGAGAAGAAGUUCUUCUGUGCCAUCCUGUGAGCGGCGGACACACCCUGGGCACGCAGCGGGCGCCCCGCCCACAGAUUCCAGAAAAUGACUCACAACACUUAGAACCCUUCUAGCAAGUGUGUGUGUGUUUAGAUUGCGUGGUGGUGAUGGUUGUGGUAGGUGGGGGAUAUCCUCUUGUACCACCUAAAAUGCUCAUACUGAGGGAAAUAAGAAAUAACACACACAUGCACACACGUGCACAUGAACACACACUCACACAGUGAGGUGAUCAACAACAGUUUGUGUAGCGGUAAGAUGGGGAGGAAGUGAUGCAUGUUUUUUUUUAAGACUUUUAUAAACAAACAAGGGAUAUCGUCCAUCCUGGUCCCUGAGUCAACAUUGACAGCCAUUGUAGAGGAUUUUUAAAAGUGAAGAAACCUUAUUUUUGGAGUGCUCAACACAUGAGUAUGGAUAAGGGUAUCAGGCUCUUCAACAGACAGGACCUCCCUGUGUUAAGCAAAUGUGAUGUAUUACAGUUGUUUUUUUUUUCAUUUAUUUAGUUUGAUAUUUCAGUGUUCAGCUAUGGAUCCUCCCUUAUUAUAAUGUGGUUUGGCUACAUCAUUUAGAUAGCUUUCUAUUGAAUCUUCAAUGUACGUUGCAUUUUUUUUAAGCACUGGUAGAUUAGAAGAAACCUAAAGUAGAUCAAUACAAAAGGAAAUGUUUUUUUUUUCUAUGAAAUGCUUGUAAAUAUUUAUACAACAAGCACCAUCUUUUCAGGUUCCUUUCUAUGAACCAUGUACGACUGUUGAUGCUCCCUGUUUCUACUCUGUAUGAAUGUGCUAGCAAGUAAACUGUGCUGUGAUGUGCUCUGCUGACCUCACUUCCUGUUUCUAUUAAAGAGGGAAACUGAUUUGACGAACA